GGAGAGAGAGAGAGAAAGAGAGAGAGGCUGAGCCAGAUCUUCAUGCCACUGCAGGCAGCAGCAGCAGCAGCAAAACUUCUGAAGGUUUGUGGAAGACUGUGAGAGAACCACCAAGAAGGCUACUGCAGUAUUGUCAUUUUCAGGAGCCUGGUACCAGGACUGCUACUCCAAGUUCCUCAUUGUUGCUUGACUGUCGAAUGUGCAGAGAGUACCAUUCAAAGCACAACUGUCUCCUUUGUGUUUGAGGACCUGCCUCUAUAUAAAUACCCUUCUGCUGGAAUUUACUGCUGCCAAUAUGUAUCAUUCUGUGUCUGAAACCAGUCACCCUCUGCAAACAGAGGAACAAGAAAUAGGCAUCGAUCCCUUGCACAGUUAUCUGAACAAGCCAGGGGAAGGAAGAUCAAAUGGCAAUGGAAGUGCACACCUCACCUCAGGUUCUGAUGGAACAUUUCUUUCUUACAGUAAAGAAUGGGAAGAACUAUUUGUAAACAACAAUUACUUGGCAACAAUACGGCUGAAGGGGAUUAAUGGGCAGCUGAGAAGCAGCAGGUUCCGUAGUGUUUGCUGGAAGUUGUUUCUGGAGGUUCUACCCCAAGACAGAAGUCAAUGGAUUAAAACAACUUCAGACUUAAGAACUUCUUACAAUAAGAUCAAAGAAAUCCACAUUACAAACCCUCGGAAAGCUGGACAGCAAGAUUUGAUCAUCAACAACCCACUGUCUCAGGAUGAGGGGAGUCUUUGGAAUAAGUUUUUCCAAGAUAAAGAACUUCGAGCAAUGAUUGAACAAGAUGUGACAAGAACCUUUCCUGAAAUGCAGUAUUUCCAGCAAGAGAAUGUGAGGAAAAUUCUUACAGAUGUUCUAUUCUGCUACGCCAGAGAAAAUGAGCAGCUGCUUUACAAACAGGGUAUGCAUGAACUUUUGGCUCCCAUUGUGUUUAUCCUGCAUUGUGACCACCAAGCUUUUUCACACGCCAGUGAAGCUGCACAACCAAGUGAUGAAAUGAAAGUUCUUCUGAAUCCUGACUAUCUGGAACAUGAUGCCUAUGCAAUGUUCACACAUCUUAUGAAAACUGCAGAACAUUGGUUUUCAACUUUUGAACAUGACAGUCAGAAGGAGAAAGAUGUGAUGAUUACACCUACACCAUUUGCAAGGCCACAGGACUUAGGCCCAUCUAUUGCUAUUGUAGCAAAGGUAAACCAAAUUCAGGAUCAUCUGCUGAAGAAACAUGAUAUUGAGCUGUACAUGCAUCUGAACCGACUGGAAAUUGCUCCACAGAUUUAUGGGCUGCGAUGGAUAAGGCUCCUGUUUGGACGUGAAUUCCCACUUCAGGACCUCCUGGUUGUCUGGGAUGCUCUAUUUGCUGACAGUAUCACCCUCAGCUUGGUUGACUACAUUUUUGUAGCCAUGUUGUUAUAUAUUAGAGAUGCCUUGAUUUCAAGUAAUUAUCAGACCUGUUUGGGACUUCUAAUGCAUUAUCCACCUAUUGGAGAUGUUCACUCCCUCAUCCUAAGAGCACUUUUCCUCCGAGAUCCAAAGAGAAAUCCAAGACCAGUGACUCACCAAUUCCACCAAAAUUUAGACUACUACAAAGCACGAGGAGCAGACUUGAUGAACAAAACCCGUGCCAGUGCUAAGACUGCCCCACUGAACAUCAACAAAGUCUCCAACAGCUUGCUGAAUUUCGGCCGAAAGCUGAUUGCCCCAGCUAUGGCUUCAGGUGGGGCUGUGGCUGCUCCUGCCGGCGGGAGCAGCUUAACACCCCCUGCAGUGCCCAGCAGAAGCACAGUGGAAGUCUCCCAGCACCACCAGCACCAUCACCACCAGCACCAGGCACAACAGCAGAGGAUGAUGAAGUCUGAAAGCAUGCCAGUUCAGCUGGGCAAAGGCGAGGCAGGCACGGGCAGCGAUGCUGGGCAGCAGCAGCAGCAGCAGCAGCAGCAGCAGCAUCCCCCUGCCCUCCCAGGCCAGAGUUCCAAACACAUCAGUUCAUCACCGAGCAUCGAGAGCUUGUCUGGAGGGCGUGAAUUUACAGGGUCUCCACCCCUGUCUGCAUCAAAGAAGGAUUCCUUCUUCAGUACAAUCUCACGCUCCCGGUCCCAGAGCAAAACCAUGAGCAGGAAGGAAUCGGAGGAGGAGUUGGAGGCCCAGAUUUCAUUUCUACAGGGACAACUAAACGACCUGGAAGCCAUGUGCAAGUACUGUGCAAAGAUGAUGAACACACACCUUGGAAAUAUUCAGGAAGUCAUAUUACAAGAACGUUUGGAGAAAGAAGAUGAAAUUCUAGUUUCUUUGGCUGGUUUGAAGCAGAUCAAGGAUAUCCUGAAAGGUUCAUUGCGUUUCAACCAGAGCCAGCUGGAAGCUGAAGAAAACGAGCAGAUCACUAUAGCUGAUGAUCAUUACUGUUCCAGCAGUCAGAACAAGGGGACAGGGGAUGUCCUAAAGGGACCUGCUGUGACAAAGCAACAGUUUGUCUCAGAACGGCAGGUUACAACUGAUUCAAGCACUAGUGAGAGCAAGAGUGCUGAUGACUACAUUAUGGUUUCUAAAGAAGAGGAAGGAAGGAGAAGCAGUGUCCCUGAGCCAGUGCAGUUGCUUCAGGUACACAAGGAGGCAGCGGUGAAGCCAGAAGCUGCAUCUCGUUCUUCUUUGGUGUUCUCUGACCCACUGAUGGGCUCCAUUUCAGCCUCCUCCAGCAACCUGAGCUCCAGCCCGGAUGAUGACAGUAGCAACAACAGCAAGGAUUCUGACUUUGCUAUUGUCAGCCCUCUGGACAUCUAAAGAAGCAGGUUGGGAGUGUUUGGGAUGUCAAUCAUUACAGCUCUGCUCAAGUUCCUAUGAUUCCAUGGGCUGGAUAGUUCUUUGGAUUAGUGACAGAAAAUAGAUAAAGGUAACUCAUUUCAUCUGCCAAAAGCCUAAAUUGGGGGGGGGGGGGAAGAAAGGCAAUUUGCAAGUUUUCUAGAAGAAUAGACACCUUUUGAUAACUGCCUUAAAUAAAGAUCCAGCUCUAGUAUACAGUUACCAGUUUAUUUAGGAGCUUUGUUAUCAUAGAACUGUUGCUUUACCAAAACAUAGCAUAGUAUGUGCCAGGUACUAUAAUGGGUUAGGAACUAUGGAGGUAGUUGGCAUCAGACCUGAAGCAGCAAAGACAAGCUAGCUUCAGCAUCAUCUUUCUACAGAAUAUGCCUGACUGGGUUUUCUAAGGAGGAAAGGGUACUGCUUCUUCAGAGACUGCUAAGAGAAGUAUGUAUGUCAGAAAGGUUAAAAGUAUCCUGGUGGCAGUGAGCUUGUUCUCAGCUGAGGAAUCCCAGUUUCUUCAUUUUCAUCAGGCAGUAGCCUGAGGUGCAUUCAAGGCAGAGAUUUGUGCACUUGUUCUUCAGUGCUGUCUUACAGGAGAAUGUGCAACAAAUUCCUUGAGGACAGGGACCUAUAUGACAGAGCCUUAUUUCCUUUUGCCUACUUUUUGUCCCCUUGAGAAUUCCCAGUUCACCUUUUUUACCUCUUUACUUCUGUCUACUUUUGCUCUCCCUGGCAUGAAUUCUCUUUUUAUUUUACUGAGACUACCAUGGUUAAAACAGUAGAUGCAAGGGAAAUUAGAGGAUUCCAUAGUCUAGACCUGAGCCAACUGAACUAAAGCUGGCUUGGAUAUGCUAACUUACCAGGGAAGGCUGCAAAGCAAAAUGAAAUGUUCAUUAUGAAAAGCACUUUAUGUCUCAUUGCUAUUAUCUUCUUUAGCCUCUGUUUACAUAUAUUCCUGUAUGAUUUCCACAUUUCUAGUCAAGAAAAACUUACUGGUGCAGCAGCAUUAACCAACAGAAAGCUUCUAAUCAACUCCAGAGCUUGUUCCAUGGGAAGGUGUAUUUCUUUCCCUGCAAUUACACAUCUAAUAGCAGAUUUGUUUUUCCCAAGGAGACAAGGAGCAGAUUUUUAUGCUCUCUGACCCCUGUAAACUUGUAGUUGAAUUCACAAAAACAAACCCAUGGUGAGUGGACACUUCAUGCAGAACCUACACAGAAUGAAUGCUAGAAAGUCACUGUGAGAGCAGCAAAAAGAACUGCAUUGGUUCCUUUUAAGCUGGGACAACUUCCUGACUGCAUGGCAAGGCUUGCCUCGGUUUGGAGCUGAGAAAUGGGAGCUGUUUGCUGCUUACUCUGUGAUUGUAAAUGUAUUCUGUGUUCCAAAGUUAAGGUGGCAUGUGUUUUGCUGGGUUUAGAUUUUACAAGGUCUGUGUCUGAACCAGAGAUAACUGUCAGGUAAUUCCAUGAUAGCUGCCAUAUUCUUACACGUUCAGAAGCCACCGUGGUGUCCUUCUGAGGUUAUUUGUGCCUUUGCAGAGUAAAAAGAUGCUAGAAUGUUAUGAGCAGGCAUAGCAUCAUGCCUCUCUGUGCCAGAGUGGUGUGACCAGUCAGAUGACUGGUUAGAUGAAAAGAUCUUCAAUGCAUACCAUUUUGGAGAGGUGUUUGUUUUGGUUUGAUUUUGGAAUUCAGCAUGCAUGCCUGACUUAAGAUUUGUUUUCUUUCCCUGGGCUUGCAUGAAUGCCAGGGGAUUAGGUGGAUGUUGAUUUAUUUAAGUCUUUGGAGCUUUAUUCUAGCCUUAACCCAUUCAACAAGGCUUGUGCCACACCACCAACAACGGAGAAUCUGUUCAAGAAGUACCUUUGGGAAGAGGAAAGAAGUAUCCUGGGGACAAAGAGGAAAGUUUUCUAUUCUGUGAUGCAUAAACCUUCAAAGAGAUUCCAGGACUUUGGCAGGGGGAAAUAUUUUUCCUUCUUUUCCUUUUAAUUUUUUUUUUAGAGCCUUUUGUCUUUUGAUUUCUGUUCUGGUUGUUUGUUUCAGGGAUCACACUGAACGAUCUCGUUGCCAAUGCAAGGGCGUGAUUUGUACAGUUCUUUUUCUUUGUGUAGGUUACCAAUGUCUUUUCUGUUGGAUAUUUUCAAACCACUGGAAGUAUACAGAAACCUGGGGAGUUUCUAACAAGUUUUCACUUCUAAUCAGUGAGUAGUGGUGAGCUGAAUACCUGUCACGCUGUGGGCUAUGAGAGAAAGCAGAAAAAAAAUGAUUGUACAAAUAAGAUCAGAGGAAAUUCCAACACUUUGGUUGUACCCUGUCCUUCCAUAUCUCAAUUAUGUAGUCUCUGAUAAUUGAUCCUAGUGCAGAGAGAGUUAGAAUGUUGUAUAUUUGUUAUGUUAGAAACUUGUAAGUUAGGAAAGAUGCCAUCACCCUAUCUGCUGGUAUGUUCAGAUUAUACUGAGAAGGAAAUUGCCAUUUAAAUAGAAGAUGAUUCUUUUUCUCUGAAGAUGACCUGCUCGUAAUGUUCAUGGAUAACAGUAAUCAGAGAGAAAAACUGUGUGCAUUGCAACUAAUAUGGGCUGAAGAGAAGCAUCUGAGACUGUUGCACUGCAUCCCGCGUCUGUACUUUAUGACGAGCCGAAGUCUCUUGCAUGUCGUGUCAGUUGUAAGUGCUGCCACCAGGCAGCCUCACCUUUUGGAUGGGUAUCCAUUUAGUUGUGGAACUUUGUAUCUUUACUCUGGAAGAACAUCUAGCCAGCUUUAUUAAAGCCAGAAUUAACAAGUUUUCUAGGCUGUGCUUGUGCUGUUUUCUCAAGCAGGAGGGAAGGCUUUUUGACUGCAGCAGUGGAAGUGCAGUUUCUCAACAAGCAUGAUUUCAAGUGUUUCAACUGUCUCAGUAGCUAUAUAAGCACAACAUUGAUGAAUAUUUUGGUCAGAUUUUAUGUGUAUGAGCCAGGGAAUAAAGCUGCCUGUCAUUUGUCUCACCCAAACACCAUGGAACACUUCCAGUUUUACCAUAUUUGUCUAUCUGAGAGCACCAAAAGAGAAUUUAACGUGCUAUGACUUUAUGAUUUCAUGAAACUUAGUAUAGUUGUGUCUCAGUCACAGUGCCAGCAUCUGCAGUGUCCUUUUUUGAAUCUCAAUACUUCACAUUCUUAAACAUCUUCUGCUAUUAUCCAAUGUGUUCUCCUCAUUAGCUGGCUUUGGGACAGCUCUUUAGAAGAUUAAAUUUCCAGUCUAGGGUGUACUUGUGCCUGGCAGUUGCAGUGUCACCUGUUCAAAUACAGACGCAGCAGCUCUAAACGCGAACAGGUUGCCAGGUGCUGGGUAUCCACCCUUAAAUAAUAGUUCUGAUUUUGUGCUGCACGUGUUGGUCUCUGGUGAAUGUCUGUGAUGGUUUAUUAGACUCCAAAAGGUGCAAUUUUGUAAAAUAAACUUCAUUUGGCUAUGGAAUAGUAA